AUGACGAAGUCAAAUAAUAUGUUUACUCCUCUUCGAGUGGGCAAGUGUGACCUGCAACACAAGCUGGUCCUAUCUCCUAUGACUCGCUUUCGAGCCGAUGACGGAGGCAUCCCGCUGGAAUUUGUGAAGGAGUACUACGCUCAACGGGCCUCGGUUCCAGGGACCCUUCUGAUCACAGAAGCCACCGCUAUCUCCUCCCAGGCUAAAGGGUUCUCCAACGUCCCCGGGAUCUGGAGCCAGGAGCAAGGGCAAGCCUGGCAGGAGAUCGUCCACGCCGUCCACGCCAAGGGGUCCUACAUCUGGCUUCAGCUCUGGGCUACCGGGCGCUCUGCGGAGAAGGAAGUGCUGGCUGCUGCGGGGCACGAGUUGACUUCCAGCAGUGCCGUGCCGGUGGAGCCUGACCAACCGACGCCUCGCGCACUGACUGAGGCCGAAAUCCAGGCGUAUAUCGCUGAGUACGUGCACGCGGCACGCUGCGGGAUGGCGGCGGGUUUCGACGGGGCCUCCUGCAACCGGCGUACGGAUCAGUGGGGGGCCAGUAUUGAGAACCGCGCGCGGUUCGGGCUCGAUGUGACCCGCGCGGUGGUGGCCGCCAUCGGCGCCGACCGAGUUGGCAUGAAGCUCUCGCAGUGGAGCACCUCCCAGGGCAUGGGGACGAUGCCAGAACUGGUGGCUCAGUUCGAGCACAUCAUCACUGGGCUCCGCAACCUAGACAUUGCCUACCUGCACCUCGCUAACUCGAGGUGGGUCGAGGACAAGACGCAUCCCGACAUCGACAAUCUCACCUUCGUCCGUAUGUGGGGCAAUCGCAGACCAGUGCUCCUGGCAGGUGGCUAUGACGCGGACUCAGCCAGUCGUGUCGUGGACGAGACCUAUCGUGGCUAUACCAAUGUGGCCGUCGUGUUUGGACGACUGUAUAUCUCCAACCCGGAUCUCCCGUAUCGGCUCAAGCAGGGCAUUCCCUUGCAGCCGUAUGACCGCGAUACGUUCUACAUCCCGUUUUCGGACAAGGGGUACCUCGAUUAUCCGUUUAGCAAGGAAUUUUUGGCGGCCACUGAGAUUGGACUUGCAGUGUGA